AUGACGUCAAGCUCCGCCGACCAAGGACCGGUGCGGCGCUUCUUGGACGGUGACGACACUGGCCCCAAGGACAUGCGUUUGCAGAGCACAGAAGUUGUCACCCUCCAUGUUGUCGACGUCCCAGCCGAUACUGACGAUGAUGAUCACUCCAAGCAAUCCGCGAAGCUACCCCAUGGCGACAAGCCGCCACCACUCCUGUGGUGCGACGGCAUUCGUGGCGUGGCGUCGCAGAUCGUGGUCACCUUCCACUUGUUGUUCUGGUUCAAGUUCCUGGAACAGUACGCCGACACAACAUGGUACCACACGCUGCGUGCGGGCAAUGCGGCCGUGGAGAUGUUCCUCAUUCUGUCCGGAUUCGUCCUCACCGUUCGUUUCUUCGCCCGCUUGCAAGUCAUCGAGCGCGCUGUCGCCAACGGGGACGCCACCACCGUGCGCCUCGUGUAUGUCGAUGCGUAUCUGUCGAUGGCGUCCACGGGUGUCCGCCGCAUCCCUCGUCUGAUGGGGCCGGUUGUAAUCAGCACGGUGCUGCACAUCUUCAUCUCUUUGUACCGGGGACAUGCAAUUGCGCCACUGGCCCUUGUUGAAGACGUCCUCAAGACCCUGUUUGUGACCUUCCCGCCGUUUAACUUGACGCUGUGGACAUUGCGCGUGGAACUAGAGGGGUCGCUCUUUACCAUGGCGGUGUGCGUGAUGCUAUCCAAGCUGCGAUACCGCCACCGCGUCGUGGCGUGCCUCGUGGCCCUGCCAAUCUUCCACAACCGGUUCGGUAACUGGACUGGCAGCCAGAGUCACUACUUUGGCUGUUUUGUGCUUGGAAUUCUUGUGUCUGACAUUAUCAACAAGCAGCAGCAUCAACUAGCUCAUGGCCCCUUACCAUCUUCUGUUUCCCGUCAUGAAGCAACCGUGUUUCCCCGCACCCCCCCCAACACGGUCGCCGCGUCAAUGGAAUCACUGGGAUUAUCCUUCUGCUACAUGAUCUAUCAUGCCUGGCAAUCCGUCCACAGCACAUGGAGCGCCGUUCGUCGAUGCAUCCACCGGUUACCUUCGCGGGCAGAGCACAUUGUUACAAACGCGGCGUACUCGUUGCUAUUUCUAUUUGGCUCGUGGCUGUUCAUCUACCGACCAGAGUAUGCCGCCAACUACGGCGGUGUCGAUACGCUCAUCCGCUUAAUAUUUGAAAAGGAGCAUGCGCGGAUGCUGCAUCGACUCGGGUCGGUGCUCAUACUGUACACCGUGUGCUGGUCGGCAUGGCUCCAACGAGUGUUUCAAAGCCGGUUGUGCCGGUAUUUGGGUCGCAUCUCGUUUUGCGUGUACGUUGUGCAUUGGCCCAUUAUGGUGUUAAUGGGGGAUUACGUCAAGCCCUGGGCCCAAGGACAGGGCUGGAAGGAAGAGACGGGCAAAAGACUCGCAGCGGCGGCAUGUUAUGUGGCGUCACAUGCUGUGGCCCAUGUAGCUACUGUGUAUGUGGACGAGCCAUACGUGAAAUGGCUGAGGGCGCUAGAACGACGACUCGAAAUGAACAUCUCCCCCAAGCCCUUUCCUCGUCAUGGUUAG